GGCCAGAGAAGCGGAGAGGCCUUUUCCCGGUGCUCCUCUCCCAGUCUGGGAUGCUGUCGGUCGGUCCCCGGGUUGUAUCUUUAAUAAGAUAAGAAAGCUGAGGCCGGAGUACCCCAAGGCCGCACAGCUGGUGAAGAGUCGAGGAGGGACUCGGGCCCGGGGCCUCUGCUCUUCUCCCCUGCUCAUCCCCUCUCUGCGCCCGAUCCAGGCUGUCGGGUCGGCCCCGCCGCUCGGCCUCAGUGGUCCCACCCCUACACAGCCUCCCUCCCGGGCAUUCUGGAUCUCCCCUCCCCCGGCUCCCGGUUUCCUUGUCAAAACUUCCUGCCUUGGCUAGGGCCUGAGUUCCCACCCCCUUCCUGCCCCCCGCCCCUCCGCGCCCCUCCCCGCCCAGCGAUCCACAACUUUCGGCCACUCCGCCGCUCUCGCAGUCGGCCUGGGACUCCACGCAGGGACCCCCGCCCUGUCCUCCUCCAGGCCCACCCCGGCAGUCCCCACCCCAGGCGGACGGCGAGAUAGGGUCCCGAGGCAGGUCUUGUCUGUGUCACCGCAGCCUCGAGCUCCGGGGACAGAUCCAGGCCCAGGCUGCAUAUCAUGAGCACCGGGAUCCCCCAGGACACUCUCUGGGCUCCUCAGGCCCUGGGGCCCAAGGGCCCUGUCGCCCUGCCCCUGGCUCACCUGAGUUUCUCAGGCCCCAGGAUGCCAUAGAGGGCUGGUGAGUUACCUGGGGACUGAGGAUGGAUGGGAGGGACACAAAAAAGACUACAGGUGGAGAUCUGCCCUGGUGGAGCUGUGAUGGGGCCACUAACCAGAGUCAUGGGCAGGCCUUGCUGCUUUGCAAGACAGGAGUGGGGUGGUGGGUAGAAAUUUGCAGUGGGUGGGAGGGAGCCGAGGAGAGGUGGGCCAGCCCAGCCGCUGAGAGGGUGGGGAGCAGGCUGGAGGGUUUACUGGUUGGGCAGAACGCAGCAGUGGGGUGCGGUUAGGUUAGGGAGCUUCCCUCUGAGCACUGCCCUGAUGGGAGGUGAGAGCGGCCCGCUGGGACCCUGGGAGUGUGUGGGUGGAAGGCCUGGGGUGGGGCCUGGAGGCAGGCAUUCCAGAGAUACUCAGGGGGCUAAGGGGCCAGCUACCACGACCUUUCUCUCUUCUCGGGGAAAAUUAUAAGCAGAUGUGGACGCCUCAGGGCGGCGUAGAGGAGGGAGCCGAGCCGGGGCAAGUUAACAGAGAAUCUGAAACUGGCGGGGUGGGGGGCGGCGGGUGCUCAAGGGCCUCUGCAGCUCCUGAGCUCAGGAGCCAGAAGGAGACUCCUCUGAGGUCCUGACCUGCUUCCCACCCACUGGGCGAGGCCAGGGGUGGAGGAGGGGGGAGGAGCCCAUUUCCAGAUGGCUGGUGGGUGGUCACAGGGAGGUGGCGGCUUCUGAAGUCUGAGGCCAGGCUGGGGACCCCCUGGGUGAUAGCACCUAGAGCUGGGUGCAGAGGUAUGCUGGCAAAGCUUUAGCAACCGGCUUCGGUGGGGGGCUGGGUGGGGGGAUGGCCCUGAUUUGUGAUGUUUGCUGAUUUCCACCCCCGUGCUUGGUUUCAAGCUACUACUGUGACAGCACUGAACAAGGAGUUGGGAAGAGAAGUCAUGACUGGCUCUCAGAAGUCAGUAUGGGCCGUGCCAGCGCACCAGUGGUGGGGAGGGGCCUCCUUCAAGGUCACCUGGACCUAGCCCUACUCCCACCCCAUAAAGCAGGAAGCCCCUAACAGCAUCAGGGUGGUUUUGGCCUCUGCCUGCCUACAUCCAGUGAUGGGGAGCUCACCACCUGAGGUCGCUGAUUCCAUCACAGAACUGCUUUGACCGUUGGAAAGUUCUUCCUCUGACUGACCCAAGUUGGCUUCCCUUAUAACUUCCCUUCAUCGGCUCCAAUUUCACACCUUGGUAUAAUAUCAAAGUGCCCUGGGUAGGGGCUGUGCUGGGGAUUGGGAAUUCAGGCACAGGUCCCUGCCUCUAGAGGUCAUGGUCAGGGAACAGGCACUAGAACAGUGGUGUGUGGGUGAAUGGUGCUGGGGGUCCCGGAAGGGAUGGGUGGGGGCAGUCUGCCAGUGUGGAUCGGGAAGCAGGGCAGGGAAAGAGGGGUGACACUUGGGCUAGACCUUGAAAGGUGAGUGCUUAAAGUGAAGAAUUGGGGGGAGGACGUGCUUCAAGUGAAGAAUGAGGGGGAGGACGUCCAGACAGAGGAAACCGUGUGAGAAAGUCUCAGAGGCAUGGCCGUGCUCCACCUGGUCAGGAAUCAGACCUGGAGCCUGGGAAGCCCGGGCCAGAGGACCAAAGCCUCAUCUCUUCUGCCACCCCUACUUGGUCUCUGCAGAGACUUGGCCCUCCAGGUUUGUGGCUGCAGUGCCCCUCACCUGCUCCACACCUGGCCCUGUCACAGGCCUCAGCAAUGUCAUCACCUCUGCGUGCCCUCUUUCUCCUGGCCCUGGGCCUGGGGCUGGCUGGAACCCUCAACCCCAAGGACCCCAACACCUGCAGCUUCUGGGAAAGCUUCACCACCACAACCAAGGAGUCACACUCCCGCCCCUUCAGCCUGCUCCCCUCGGAGCCCUGUGACCGGCCCUGGGAGAGCCCGCACACCUGCCCCCGGCCCACGGUUGUCUACCGGACCGUGUACCGCCAGGUGGUGAAGACGGAGCACCGAAUGCGCCUGCAGUGCUGCCGGGGCUUCUAUGAGAGCAGCGGAGCCUGUGUCCCGCUUUGUGCUCGAGAGUGUGUUCAUGGCCGCUGCGUGGCACCCAAUCAGUGCCAGUGUGUGCAAGACUGGCGGGGCGACGACUGCUCCAGUGCUUGUGCCCUGGGAGUUUGGGGGCCACAGUGUGACAAGCCCUGCAACUGCGGCAACAGCAGCUCCUGUGACCCCAAGAGUGGGGCAUGUUCCUGUCCCUCUGGGCUGCAGCCUCCACACUGCUUUCGGCCCUGCUCCCCUGGCCGCUAUGGCCCUGCCUGCCAGUUCAGCUGCCAGUGCCAUGGGGCACCCUGUGACCCACAGACCGGAGCCUGCCUCUGCCCCCCAGAGAGAACCGGGCCCAGCUGCGAGGUGUCCUGUUCACAGGACAGUGUUGGCUUCUUCUGCCCCAGCACCCCUCCUUGCCAAAAUGGGGGUGUCUUCCAGGCCUCUCGGGGCUCCUGCAGCUGCCCACCUGGCUGGAUGGGCACCAUCUGUUCCCUGCCCUGCCCCGAGGGCUCCUAUGGACCCAACUGCUCCCAGGAAUGUCGCUGUCACAACGGCGGCCUCUGCGACCGGUUCACCGGGCAGUGUCGCUGCGCUCCGGGAUACACAGGGGACCGGUGCCGUGAGGAGUGCCCCGUGGGCCGCUUCGGGCAGGACUGUGCUGAGACUUGCGACUGCGCCACGGGCGCCCGCUGCUUCCCGGCCAACGGCGCGUGUCUGUGCGAACACGGCUUCACUGGGGACCGCUGCGCCGAACGUCUCUGCCCCGACGGCCUCUACGGCCUCAGCUGCCAGAUGCCCUGCACCUGCGACCCGGAACACAGUCUCAACUGCCACCCGAUGAGCGGGGAGUGCUCUUGCCUGCCGGGCUGGGCGGGCCUCCACUGCAACGAGAGCUGCCCGCAGGACACGCACGGGCCCGGCUGCCAGGAGCACUGCCUCUGCCUGCACGGCGGCGUCUGCCAGCCCGACAGCGGCCUCUGCCGGUGCGCGCCCGGCUACACGGGCCCGCACUGCGCUAGCCUCUGUCCCCCUGACACCUAUGGAGUCAACUGCUCCGCACGCUGCUCCUGCGAAAACGCCAUCGCCUGCUCGCCCAUCGACGGCACCUGCGUCUGCAAGGAAGGUUGGCAGCAUGGUAACUGCUCCGUGCCCUGCCCGCCUGGAACCUGGGGCUUUGGUUGCAAUGCCAGCUGCCAGUGUGCCCACGAGGCAGCCUGCAGCCCCCAAACUGGAGCCUGUACCUGUACCCCUGGGUGGCACGGGACCCACUGCCAGUUCCCCUGCCUGAAGGGGAUGUUUGGUGAAGGCUGUGCCAGCCGCUGUGACUGUGACCAUUCUGAUGGCUGUGACCCUGUUCACGGACACUGCCAAUGCCAAGCUGGCUGGACAGGUACCCGCUGCCACCUGCCCUGCCCUGAGGGCUUCUGGGGAACCAACUGUAGCAACACCUGCACCUGCAAGAAUGGGGGCACCUGCAUCCCUGAGAAUGGCAAUUGUGUGUGUGCACCUGGAUUCCGAGGCCCCUCCUGCCAGAGAUCCUGUCAGCCCGGCCGCUACGGCAAACGCUGUGUGCCCUGCAAGUGUGCUAACCACUCCUCCUGCCACCCUUCGAAUGGGACCUGCUACUGCAUGGCUGGCUGGACAGGCCCUGACUGCUCCCAAACGUGCCCUCUAGGACACUGGGGGGCCAACUGUGCCCAGCUCUGCCAGUGUCGCCAUGGCGGGACCUGCCACCCCCAGCAUGGGAGUUGUUUCUGCCCCCCAGGCCGGACCGGACAUCUCUGCUUGGAAGGCUGCUCUCCAGGGGUGUUCGGUGCCAAUUGUUCCCAACCAUGCCAGUGCGGUCCCGGAGAGAGGUGCCACCCAGAGACUGGGGCCUGUGUGUGUCCCCCAGGGCACAGUGGCGCCCCCUGCAGGAUUGGAAGCCAGGAGCCAUUCACCAUGAUGCCUACCUCUCCAGUGGCCUAUAACUCACUCGGGGCAGUGAUUGGCAUUGCAGUGCUGGGAUCCCUGGUGGUGGCCCUGGUGGCGCUGUUCAUUGGCUACCGCCAUUGGCAAAAAGGCAAAGCGCACCAGCACCUGGCAGUGGCCUACAGCAGCGGGCGGCUGGACGGCUCUGAGUACGUCAUGCCAGAUGUCCCUCCGAGCUACAGUCACUACUACUCCAACCCCAGCUACCACACCCUGUCUCAGUGCUCACCUAACCCCCCGCCCCCUAACAAGGUCCCAGGCAGUCAGCUCUUUGCCAGCCUCCAGGCCCCCGAGCGGCCAGGUGGAGCCCACGGGCAUGAUAACAACCACGCCACACUGCCUGCUGACUGGAAGCACCGCCGGCAGCCCCCUCCAGGGCCUCUGGACAGGGGUAACAGCCGCCUGGACCGAAGCUACAGCUGUAGCUACAGCAACAGGAAUGGCCCAGGCCCCUUCUACAGUAAAGGGCCCAUCUCUGAAGAGGGGCUGGGGGCCAGCGUGGCUUCCCUGAGCAGUGAGAACCCCUACGCCACCAUCCGGGACCUGCCCAGUCUUCUAGGGAGCCCCCGGGAGAGCAGCUACAUGGAGAUGAAAGGCCCUCCCUCAGGGUCUCCCCCCAGGCAGCCGCCCCAACUCCGGGACAGCCAGAGGCGGCGACACCCCCAGCCAGAGAGAGACAGUGGCACCUAUGAGCAGCCCAGCCCCCUGACCCAUGACCGAGACUCUGUGGGUUCCCAGCCGUCUCUGCCUCCGGGCCUGCCUCCUGGCCACUAUGACUCACCCAAGAACAGCCACAUACCUGGACACUAUGACUUGCCUCCAGUACGGCAUCCCCCGUCACCCCCACUUCGGCGCCAGGACCGUUGAGGAGCCAAGAUGGUGUGCAGAGGUCAGCACACCGGUUCUUUGCUGCUCAAGGCUGAGGACAGAGCCUGCUGUACCCUGCCAGGAGCAGGGAGAGGACUGGCCGGCCGUGAACAUGAACAUGUUUAAUAGAGGAAGUGAAUGGAGAGGAGAUGGGAGCCUGGGUCCCAGGUUCUACCAUGGGAAACACUGGUCAGCAGGAAACCUGUGUUCCUUUUCCCCAACCCAUUGCUCCCCAAGGCCCCCAGGGCCCUGUAUACAUAAACUGGUGGGUUGAAUGUUGCUGGAUAACUCUGAUUUCAGAUUGCUGUAAGAAGUGUAUAUUGGGUAACUUUUCUGUGCACUCCCGGGCUAGGCUCUGUGUGUGCGUGCAUGCGUGUUUUCAGAGGCGUACCAGGCACUGAUCCUGCCUUGGGGCACUCACUAUAUAGUGGAGAGGCAGCCCAAACCCAGUUAACUCUAGAAAUAGCGUGACUGGCCUCCCUGCAUUCAUUUGGUACUCCCGCCAACCAACUGCUUCAAAAUACAAGCUGGUUAGGUUACCCCUGCCUGAAAGUCUCCGUGGGUGCCCCAUGGCCCUUGGGCUACAGUCAAAAUUGUCCAAAGCCUUAAAGGCUUUGCCGGCCUGGCCUGCCUGUCUCUUCAGCCUCACUCUGAACUGUGUUCCCUAUCACUCUGCCCCAGUCACACUGGCCUCUACGUCCUCCUAUCAGCCACACGUCUUCCUACUACAGGGACUUGGCACAUCUGGAAUGCUCUUCCUCCCCCACUCACCUGUUAACUCCUGCUUGUCCCUCACACCCCAUGUUCUCUUUCACAGCACUGAUUACUGAUGUGUUCAUGCACCAGUUACCUGUAGAAGGCCUACAGGGUGCCAGGCACCUCUGUAAUGUGUUGCUUUUUAGUGUGAUUAUUUGAUUAAUCUCUGCCUCCCCCACCAGACUCUUAAGUUCCCUGAAAGCAGGAAUCCUGUGUUUAUGUUCAACACUGGCUCCCCUUGGCACAUGGUAGGCACUCAAUAAAU